AUGGCGAUGAUGAUGACUGGCCGUGUGCUGCUGGUGUGUGCCCUCUGCGUGCUGUGGUGCGGUGCCGGCGGUUGUUUUGCCAACGAGGAGAGGGCAGGUCUUGGAAGUGGUGGUGAACCUCUGGUGCAAUCACAAAAACUUGGAACGCCUCGACAAGAAACCCAGGAUUUAAAAGUUGGACCAACAGUUGUUAAUGGAAAGAUGCCACCCGCAUCUUCCACACCUACAGAGGAAGAGGUUGAUGAUGAUGACGAUGAUGAUGAUGAUAAUGAGGAAGAAGAAACGGAAGAGGAAAAACAAAAAAAAAUUAAAGCACCAACCGAGACACACGAGGGUAAAAAUAAUGAGGUAUCAUCCCUACCACCGCCACCAUCGGGAGACCCAACAGCAGAGCGAGAAAACUCACAUAAUUCAAAAAAAAUAACGAACGAAGCCACGCCGUCAGGAGCAGCAAUGGAAUCAAAGGCACCGGAACAGCCUUCAGGGGAUGCUACACAAGGACAGCACAGUCAUGACACAGACACAGAGGAUCCGACGAAGAAUGCAGCAACCGGCAGUCCAGCAGAAACAGCAACAUCAUCUACCUCUGCAAGUGGUAGCGGUGAUCAUGCCCAGAAUAAGGCAGAUGAGGAUGAUGCUCAAAGCUCUGAAGAACAACACGACAGCCUUGACACUGGCAAUACCAACGUUGUUCCAACACUCAGUGAGGAAUCACCAAAAACGGCAGAAAGAAUCACCACCGCCAACACAACCGAUACGGCGACGACUGGCGACAGUGACGGCAGCACCGCAGUCUUCCACUCCACCUCCCCUCUUUUGCUUCUUCUUGUUGUUGCGUGUGCGGCUGCUGCUGCGGUGGUGGCCCCGUGA